AUGACAAACUAUUCUAAGAGACCUGUCUGGGAUGCAUUGAUCAAACCGUGUCCGUCGGAGGAAAGAAAAAAAUCCGACAGACCGAAGGUGCAAACGUUUGGUCUCCCGUUUGUGACUGACCGUCACUCCACAAUAGACCUAUGCCGCCAUCCCGAGUACCGUGAAGCACACGGACUGUUGAUGAGCCCUACAUCAUUCCCCUUGAUUGAAGGUCUGGCUCCUAUACUGUCCACCGGCUCGCUUUCGACAAUGGGAGAUAUUCUGUACCCUAGCCCUGCCUAUCUUGAGCCGGAAUUUGAAUAUGUAGAAGCCAAGGACAUGAGCUGGGACUCCAAACACAACAAUCUCUACUGGACCGGCUCAACCACCGGUGGCUUUGCGGCGAAUGAUGACUGGCAAAGCUUCCACCGACAGCGUUAUGUCAAGCUGGCACAGAAUUUGGGAAACGGUCCCCAUUCCUACCUUCGGGAAGGCGCAGGCCUGGUCAACCUAGUGAAAUCGUCCUUCCUUAACAGCAGACUAUUCGACGUUGCCUUUACCCGAAUCCUCCAAUGCGAGAGACGCUAUUGCCGUGACCAACGAGCCCUCUUCCGAAUCAAAUCCUGGGCCGACAAGGACGAAGCCUUGCAUUCGCGUCUGGUGUUUGACAUCGACGGCAAUGGCAUCAGUGGCCGGUACUACAAGCUGCUUGCGUCGAGGUCCGCGCCGCUCAAACAGACGCUUCUACGAGAAUGGCACGAUGACCGUCUAAUGCCGUGGGUUCAUUACAUUCCCGUUAGUCAAAGCAUGGAGGAGCUGCCUGAAAUGGUCAUGUAUUUCACCUCUGAGGCCGGGAAGAAACGAGCCCGGGAGAUUGCGGAGCAGGGGCGGGAAUGGUUCUCAAAUGCCUUUCGUAAAGAGGAUCUGACUAUCUAUAUGUAUCGGCUUUUCCUUGAGCUGGCGAGACUCCAAGAUCCAACGAGGCCUGCAAACGAGAGCUCAACCAGGACUUAG